GGUCGCUAAGAGGACGUGGAUCUCGUUCUCACGGCUAAGACUUCGUCGGGGCUGCGUCUGCAGAGGUGGUCGUGGCUGUGGCAAUCGCGGAAUGGCGUACAGGUCAGAUGACGACUAUGACUACCUUUUCAAGGUGGUGCUCAUCGGUGACUCCGGCGUCGGAAAAUCCAACCUUCUCUCUCGAUUCACUCGCAACGAGUUCAACCUUGAGUCCAAGUCCACCAUCGGGGUCGAGUUCGCCACCCGGAGCAUCCGCGUCGAGGAUAAAGUGAUCAAGGCCCAGAUUUGGGACACCGCAGGGCAAGAAAGGUAUCGAGCAAUCACAAGUGCAUACUAUCGAGGAGCAAUUGGUGCACUUUUGGUGUAUGAUGUUACCCGGCACAUAACAUUUGAGAAUGUGACACGGUGGUUGAAAGAGCUCAGGGAUCACACUGAUUCCAACAUUGUGAUUAUGCUUGUGGGCAACAAAGAGGACUUGCGCCAUCUUAGGGCAGUUCCAACUGAUGAGGCAAAGACUUUUGCUGAGAACGAAAAUACUUUCUUCAUGGAGACUUCCGCGCUCGAGUCAAUGAAUGUCGAGACUGCCUUCACAGAAGUGCUCACUCAGAUAUACCAUAUAACAAGCAGGAAGGCACUAGAAGCAAGUGAUGAUCAAGCAAACUUACCCAAGGGGCAAACAAUAAACAUUAGCGACGAUGUAUCAGCUGUCAAGAAAGCUGGUUGUUGUUCAUCUUGAAAUAUAAUGGUCUGUCUUCUCGAUCUUCCCGUUUGAUAUACUGGAGUAACAUAUUAUACAAGGUGAAACUCAUCGAUCUAGUGAGUUUAUCAGAUUUGUGUUUACUGGAUGAAUUAUUACUGCUGCUUUUAUACGUUUUGUUGUAAUAGUGAUUGUUUUAGCACCAAUAAAAAAUCUUCUAUAUAGUUUAAGAGUUC